AUGAAAAUCGUUUGGCAUUAUUAAUAAUAACCCUUUGGUGUUUUUCAUCGGAACUUUCUAUGCCCCAUAUCUAUAAGCAGCCUUGGGUAUUUUCCAAGGUUUUGUUCUUCAAAGCCAUGACUAAACCUACAUUUUCUUUACCGCCCUUUGGCUGCUUCCUUUUAUUCUUUUCUAUCUUCUUCUUCUUCUCCUCUGUUGUUUUAGCACUCACCGAUGCAGAAGCUUCAUUUAUUGCACAACGACAGCUCUUGACGUUACCUGAAAAUGGCGAACUUCCUGAUGAUAUUGAGUAUGAGGUUGAUCUUAAGGUGACGUUUGCCAACCAUAGGCUUAAAAGAGCCUAUAUCGCUCUCCAAGCCUGGAAAAAGGCCGUGUAUUCAGACCCGUUUAACACCACAGGAAACUGGCAUGGACCUCACGUGUGUGGGUACACGGGCGUGUUCUGUGCCCCUGCUCUUGAUGAUCCUAACGUCGCGGUUGUGGCGGGGGUUGAUUUGAAUGGAGCGGAUAUCGCAGGGCAUUUACCGGCUGAGCUUGGUUUGAUGACCGACGUGGCGAUGUUCCAUUUGAAUUCGAACCGGUUCUGUGGUAUCAUACCCAAGAGUUUCGAGAAGUUGAGGCUAAUGCACGAGUUCGAUGUCAGCAACAACCGGUUUGUUGGACCUUUCCCUUCUGUUGUCCUCUCAUGGCCGGCCGUUAAGUUCAUCGACGUCAGAUACAAUGAUUUCGAAGGUCAAGUCCCUCCUGAGCUUUUCAAGAAGGAUCUCGAUGCAAUUUUCUUGAACAACAACAGAUUCACAUCUACCAUUCCUGAUUCCCUUGGAGAAUCAACAGCCUCCGUCGUGACCUUUGCACACAACAAAUUCAGCGGUUGUAUCCCUAAAACCAUUGGAAACAUGAAGAACCUAAACGAGAUUAUCUUUAAGGACAACAAUCUCGGCGGUUGUUUCCCAUCAGAGAUUGGGAAGCUAGCUAAUUUGAACGUGUUUGAUGCUAGCAUGAACUCCUUCACCGGUGUUCUACCACCCAGCUUUGUAGGGCUUACGGGUGUCGAAGAGUUUGAUAUCUCUGUGAAUAAACUCACAGGGUUUGUACCGGAGAAUGUCUGCAAGUUGCCUAAACUGGUUAACUUGACUUACGCCUACAAUUACUUAAACGGACAAGGCGAUUCGUGUGUUCCAGGUAGUCGCACGGAGGUCGCAUUGGAUGAUACACGUAACUGCUUGCCAGAUAGGCCUAAGCAACGAUCAGCCAAGGAGUGUGCGGUGGUGAUUAGCCGUCCAGUCGAUUGUAGUAAGGACAAGUGCGCAGGUGGUUCUAGCCACGUUGCGCCGUCAAAGUCCCCAUCACCUGUGCCAACUAGGCCGGUUCAUAAACCACAAACACCAAAAGGGUCACCACAACCAAAUGACCCAUAUAAUCAGUCCCCAGUGAAGUUCCGGCGUAGCCCGCCUCCACCAGAGCAACCACAUAACCCGGUGGUUCACUCUCCACCGCCUACACCCCCAGUCCAUUCACCAUCACCACCGGUACAUUCUCCUCCACCACCUGUCCAUAAACCACAACCACCAAAAGAGUCACCACAACCAAAUGGCCCAUAUGAUCAGUCUCCUGUGAAGUUCCGGCGCAGCCCUCCUCCGCCUCAAGUUCAGUCUCCACCACCACCACCGCCGGUAUAUUCCCCACUGCCUCCACCACCGGUUUAUUCUCCACCGCCACCACCACCAGUCCAUUCACCACCACCACCAGUACACUCACCGCCUCCACCACCAGUCUAUUCACCACCACCACCGGUUUAUUCUCCACCGCCGCCACCACCAGUUCAUUCACCACCACCCCCAGUACACUCUCCUCCACCGCCAGUCCAUUCACCACCACCGCCGGUACAUUCUCCACCACCACCGGUACAUUCUCCACCGCCGCCACCACCAGUCCACUCACCACCACCGCCAGUACACUCUCCUCCACCACCUGUCCAUUCACCACCACCACCGGUUUAUUCUCCACCGCCACCACCUCCACCGGUAUUUUCACCACCACCACCUGUUCACUCCCCUCCACCGCCAGUAUAUUCCCCACCACCACCUGUAUAUUCUCCUCCUCCACCGCCGGUAUAUUCCCCAACACCACCGCCAGUAAAGUCACCACCGCCACCACCAGUAUACUCUCCUCCGCAUUUACCACCAAAGAUGAGUUCACCACCAACACAAACACCGGUCAACUCUCCUCCGCCACGAGCACCGACACGGACAGUAGAAGCACCACCGCCAAGUGAAGAAUUCAUCCUUCCACCAUCCAUCGGCCACCAAUAUGCAUCACCACCACCACCAAUGUUCCAAGGCUACUAACUAAUAUUAGAGAGAGUGAAGUCGAGAACGUCAUGAGGAGAAACAAAAGAAGAUAACAAAACUGAUGGAAGACAGAAGAAGAAAAAAAAGAAGGAGGGCAAAUGUAACUUUAGUGGCAUUAACUCCGUACUUACGAGUAACCGUACAAAGUUUGUGUAGUAAACUGUUUAUAUAAACAUCUUUUUGGUCCAUAGAAGAUUUUUAACACUUUGAAAAACAAAGGAGUUGUUGUUUUUAUGCUUCUUCCCUUGUGCGUUUAAACCGUUUACGAUUGGUAUGGCCCUCGAUGGCUCAAUCUCACGAUCCCAUAUUUAUUUAGUCUACUCUAGAGUCUAAGACUAGUUUCUAAUAUUUACCUCAACAAGUGCCUAUUUCUAUUAUA